AUGCCAGUUGAGAGCGUAAAAGACUCUGUGUCUCCUGAAUCGUCUCCAGUUGCCGUCAGAAGUAUCUUGGGAUGGACCAUUUUUGGAGGGAAUAUUCCAAAACCCAAACCACAUGCUGCAUCCAGGGUCCAGUUUUUGAGUCAUUUGGAGGAUUUGCAGAAAUUAUAUACAUCUGAUGACACCAACAACAUUUGGCUGCGCCUUCCUUUUGGGGAUAAACCAGCACCAGACAUAGCUAUGAUGGCUGUACGCACUUUGGCAGAUACAUUCAAGGAGGAGGAACCUAUUGGAGCACAGUUAAUUAACUGUUGCAUGUACAUGGAUGAUGUGAUUGAAUCAUUUGAUAAGAGUGAAUUAGCUAUUGCAGCCAUGGAUCAGGUGGAUCGGAUAUUAGGAAAGGGCUCCUUCAGAAUAAAAGAAUGGCAUUCUAAUGACCCCUUUGUUGACCGAUGCCCAGAAGACAAGCAAACACGAGUUUUGGGUCAUGCAUGGGAUAAGGCUACGGAUAGUGUGGCUAUUCAGCUAGACAAAUUCAGUGAGGAGUUUUCAAAACUAUCAAAGCGGAAGGUUGCUAGUUUGCUAUCAAAGUUGUGGGAUCCUACAGGUAUGUUAUCUCCUGUAAUAGUUAGAUACAAGAUUUGUCUUCAGGAUUUAUGGGCUAGUGGAGUUGGUUGGGAUGAUGAAUUGAGUGAAGAACAAAUCAAAAUGUGGAAGGGAUUAGUUCGUGAAAUGAAUCAACUAAUUGGAUUUAGACUAGAUCGGAUGAUAAAGCCAGAAGAUUCUCUAGGAGACCCUCAACUUCAUGGAUUUAGUGAUGCCAGUGAAUCUGCCCUAGGUUCUGUGAUCUGGCUGAAAUGGAAUACUUCUCAUGGAGUAGAACUGAAAUUCGUCAUCGCAAAGUCUUUAGUGGCUCCGUUGAAACAGCGUUCUAUUCCACGUCUUGAGCUUACUGCUGCUGUGGUUAUGGCUAGACUUGCCUUGCUUGUUUUGCAAGUGGUUGGCAGGGUUAGUACCAUGAAAUUUUGGACCGAUUCAGAAGUAGUGUUGGCCUGGGUUCGCUCUCCUGCUAGAACCUUUAAAUCAUUUGUGUCAGCUAGAGUUCAGGAGAUUCAGGAUGCUUUGCCAGGAUUUUCAAAAGAAUUUUGCUAUGUUCCUUCACAAUUGAAUCCUGCCGAUGCAUUAACCAAGCCAAUAAAGCCAAGUGAACUACAAGGAUGGAUCAAUGGUCCUGAUUUUCUUCUGAACAUUUCUCAAGAUUGUGAUUUUGGGGAACCGACAUAUGAUUUUGAAAAGAAGAGUUCUAUUGUUAAAGAGUACACACCAGAAUCUCUCAAAAGGAUCCAAUUUGUUGGAAUUUUGGCUGAUGAGAGUUUUGAGGAAAGAUUUACAGAACUCUCUUCAGACUGGAAUAGACUUGUACGAAUAACUACUUACUGCCACCGUUUGCUAUUACAACAAAACCCAGAAAACUAUCAAAGUCAUCUAGAACCUAAAGAAAUACAAGAAGCAGAACUGGCUUUAUUUAAUGCAAGCCAGAAGUCUUUAAAUAAUCAAGAUGAAGUUAAUCAUAAACAGAUUAAAAAGCUUGACCCAAAGUUGGAUGAAAAAGGCAUUUUAAGAAUUGGAGGCAGACUACAUAAAGCUCCAUUUACCCAUACGAGCAGAGCAUCCAGUUUUAUUGGUGAGGAAUUCUUCCCUGGCUGA